AUGUUGGAAGCUACAGUACUUUGCGUUGAUAACUCACAGUAUUCACGUAAUGGUGAUUUCCCACGUACAAGAUUUGAAGCACAAAUUGAUGCCAUUGAAUAUAUCUUUCAAGCUAAAAGAAACAGUAACUUAGAAAAUACAUUAGCAUUAAUUUCUUCUGCUGGCACCUCAACCCCACAAGUGCUAUCUACAUUCACAUCACAAUUUGGUAAAUUAUUAUCAGGUUUAAAUGAGACCAUGAUUAGUGGGGAACAUAUACAUUUCGUCAAUACCAUAGAGAUGGCAGUUUUGACCUUAAAACAUAGACAAAACAAGCUACAGCAUCAGCGUAUUAUCAUGUUCGUGUGUUCACCCUUGCAAUUAUCAGCUGAAAAGGAUUCCUUGAGCAAUGUGGCAAAUCUAUUAAAGGAAAAGAAAAUAGCUUUGGAUAUUAUUAAUUUUGGUGAGAUCGAUGACAAUACAACCAUCUUAACGGAAUUUAUCGAUAAUUUAAAUAGAAACAACACCGCUGGCGAUGAUUCCAAGAGUCAUUUAUUGACUGUUAGACCUGGUCCAAGAUUAUUAUACGAACAUAUCGCUACUUCUCCAAUUAUAUUGGAAGAAAAUGGUUCUAUGAUGGAUGGUUCAGUUGAUGCAAUGAUAGAUGGUGGUGUUGGUGUUAGUAAUGGUGGUUUUAUGGACUUUGGUGUUGACCCUGAGUUAGAUCCUGAAUUAGCAAUGGCUUUAAGAUUAUCUAUGGAAGAAGAACAGCAGAGGCAAGAAAGAUUAAGGCAACAGGAGCAACAACAACAGCAGGAGCAAGAACAAUCUAAUAAUAAUAAUAAUAAUAAUAAUAAUAACAAUAAUAAUGAUAAUAGCAACAAUAGUAACGAACAUGAUGAAAAUUCUGCAAAUACUGAAUCAAACUCACAAUAA